UCCGGUUCCGGUUCCGGUUCGGGAGGAAGACGCGGCUGCUGACACCGGCUGGCCCGGCCCGGAGCCCGGGAUCCCGGCGGGAAUGUGGUACCUUGUGCAGCAGCAUGAAUGCUGAUGAUAAAUUACAAAGCAUCUUCCUUAAAUGCAGCCCCUCAAUCAACAUGCAGUCUGCCAGGGGCCUGACCGGCAUGGGAGAAGCAGAAGCGGGCCUGGUGGAGAGGGCUGUGCUGACAGGACAGGAGGCUUUACAGGGGCGCGAAGAGCUGAUGUCACAGGAUGAGCUCAUGGUGCAGGAGGAGACCGUAAAAAAUGAUGAGGAAGAGGUGGAAUCCCAGGAGAGAUUACUUCCCCAGGGACUGCAAUACAUGGUUCAUGUGAAGCAAGAGAUGAAAUUCCCAGAGGAACCGGAUUCUCAGAUAAUGGAGAAUAUGCAGGUUCUGGAGCCGGUGGAUUUACAGAAAAAGAAGAAAAGAAAGCAACGAUCUCCGGCCAAGAUCCUCACUAUUAAUGAAGAUGGCUCGCUGGGCCUGAAGAUCCCAAAGUGCCAUGUUUGUGAGCACUGCAAUGCAGCCUUCCGAACCAACUAUCACCUUCAGAGACACGUCUUCAUCCACACAGGUGAGAAACCGUUUCAGUGCAGUCAGUGUGACAUGCGUUUCAUACAGAAGUAUCUGCUGCAGAGACACGAAAAGAUCCACACCGGAGAGAAACCAUUCCACUGCGAUGAAUGCGGCAUGCGUUUCAUUCAGAAAUACCACAUGGAGAGGCACAAACGAACACACAGUGGGGAGAAACCCUACCAGUGCGAGUACUGUCUGCAGUAUUUCUCAAGAACAGACAGAGUACUUAAACACAAGCGCAUGUGCCAUGAAAACCGGGAACGGAAGCCUGGAAAAUGUGCCAGCAAAGGGGGGCUUCUUUCUCCUGAUGUGGGUGAUCUUGGCUUCUCACCUGUGCCCAAAGACGGACAUUUACCGAAAAAGAAACCAAAAAUUGACAAAAUGAAGUUUCUGGGACUUGGUGAAAAGGAAGGAUCUCUGGAUAAACUGGAUCAGAAGAACGACUUUUUGCCCUUGUUCCCUGACAGCACCAAAGUAAAAGACGAGUACAUGGUGGCAGAGUAUUCUGUAGAAAUGCCCCACACAUCCGUCAGCGGACUGCACUUACAGGAAAGCGUGUCCGGGGACUCAAACCCACCUAAAUUGCUGCUGAAAAAGGUGAGCAGCAAGAAGAGCAUUAAGCAGGCAAUGGACCACAGCCAGGCUAUGUCUCCACUGUCUGCUUUUGACGAUGGCAAAGUGGCCAAGUAUACAUUUGAACUAGUGGACAAGCAAGCGUUGCUGGACUCUGGAAGCAAUUCAGAUAUGGACCACGGAGACCCCAUGCAGGAAGGGACCAGCAAACAAUCAAACAGCAGUGUCAGUUAUGACGAGGCCAUGCAGUUCUCCAAGAAGAAGAGGUACUUACAAGCAGCUACCAGCAACCGGGAAUAUGCCCUUAAUGUGGGAACCAUGGCGUCCCAGCCAUCGGCAACGCAGGCAGCCGUGGCCAGUGUUAUGGAUGAUAGCGGAGCUGCAGCCCUGAUUGAUGCCCAAGCGCUUACUGUGGAUAUAAAAACACACCAUGAUAAAAAUGUCAUCCCCGAUGAGGUACUGCAGACACUACUGGAUCACUAUUCACACAAAGCUAACGGCCAGCACGAGAUCUCGUUCAGUGUGGGGGAUGCAGAAGUGACGUCCAGUAUUUCCAUCAAUUCUUCCGAGGUGGGAGAAUCCAGCCAGACUGAAAGCCUGGGGGCCACAUCACAAGUCCCGUCCUCAGACAAGGCCAGCAUGCUGCAGGAGUACUCCAAGUUCUUGCAGCAGGCAUUGGACCGGACUAGCCAAAAUGAUGCUUAUUUAAACAACACAAGCCUUAGCUUUGUCACUGAAAGCCCAGGUCUUGCCAGCCCGGCCACUUUCCCCUCACUGGACAAACAAGUCUACGCAACUUUACCGAUUAGUAGCCUCCGCCCGGGUCUGGUGGGCCCACUGAGAGUGACUUCAGAAAAAUCUCACUUUGGGCUGAUCGUCACUGACUCUCCACACUCUUUCACUUUUGAGGCAGAUGAUGGGAGCCACACAUCCCCUGCCCCCUCUUCCUCAGCACAGGACUUUCUAGAUCAAGUGACAGGUCAGAAGAAAGCAGAGUCUCAGCCUGUCUCCCAGGCCUACCAGCUGAAUGCCUUUGAGCAGCCAUUUCGAGCUCAGUACCAUGGUACACGUACUGGGAUAUCACCUCAGUUUAGCACUGCUAAUGGACAGGUGAACCUGCGGCAGCCAGCCACCAGUGCCGAUUUCCCGGAAUUCUCCUUGGUGAAUGUAAAUGAGACAAGAACCCAGCUGUCUUCUACCCCUGACACAGCGGCUAGUCAAAACUUUGGCUAAUGCCCCUAUCUAACCAUUAGAUUACUGAACUUUUUAAAGCGCCAAAAGCCCUUCAUUCAAGCAGCUGUGUUAAAUGAGCAGAUGCUGUGCUCCUGUUGCUCCCCACUUUGAAGUCUAAAUGUUGUAGCAUAUAUUAAUACACUUUCAGCUCCUAUUGUGCCCUCUACUCAUGCACUUGACAGUAACCUGCUUAAUCUACCGGGCUUACAUGGUCACUGACCUCGGUGCACAUCUCACUGUCAGCACCCUGCUAACAAGGUCUGGCUAAAUAGUACCCAGGUAUGGCCACAGUCACGCACUUACUGUCUGCAGGAGUAAAGAGACUGAGAUGAGCCGCCUAAACUUGGCCUUCUCAGGGAACUGGCUCUAGGUACUGGAACUGUAUACAAGAUAUGGGGAUCCAGCUUAGUGGGCGAUGGAGGCUCGGGAUGCUCUUUGAUGGCUUUGGAGGAGCCUGUGCUUUGCUCUUCAUUAACACUUUGGUGUGGGGCCUAGGAGGGGUCUAUACUGCUCGCUUAGGGAACACCUCAGGGAGUGGUGUAGGAGGGUUCUGUGCCGUGCCCACUCAGGGUACACAUCAAGGAGCAGAUUAGGAGGGGUCUGUGCCGUGCCCGCUCAGGGUACACAUGAAGGAGCAGAUUAGGAGGGGUCUGUGCCGUGCCCACUCAGGGUAAGCCUUGGCCCUUUGAUGAGACUGUGCAUCAUCACUCACAUUACAAGACGGAGGUUCCUGUAUUCCUUGGGUCUGUUAAUAGCAGUAAUGGAAGUAAAUUCAUUUAUAACUGACCCUCCAAAGACUAGGCCAUGAGUACAAGCAGCCUCCAUAGCACUAUAUUAAGUGGUGUUUGAACCGGUACAGGGGUCUUUGCUAAUGCUGACCUCACCUGUUAAAGGUUUUAAAAUUGUGUAUAAGGCACUUUACAGGAGAUCUGUUCCACAUGGUUUAAUAUCAGUUACAGACUGCAAGGUGAGUGUGGGUUGAUGUUAUAUUCAUUGUCCAUACACCUCCUGCUCCAGUGGACACGUGAGUCCAUACUGCGAAUAUUUGGCCACCCUUCUACCUGGUGAGAUUGUAGGUCAAUUUUUAUUUGGUUUGUUUUUUUGCUUUAUGGAUCUCCAGCGUUUUCUUAGACUUGCUUUACUCAUGUGACAAAUGCACUCACUGUAAGACACACAUUUUCUUAAAGCACUUAUUGUGUCUCAGACGUGCAUUUGUCCAUAUUGAUGCAAUACACUUUUAUCUCGUAAUAGCUUUCAUGCACAUAUGUGUGAUGUGUAUAAUAUAUACAUGCACAUUGAUUUAUGUAUACCCAUACCUUGCUAUGUGUUCACAUAAAUCUGAUUUCAGCACACCCCAAACAAGGACUGAUUAUUUUGUAGACAAUUUGUUUUGCUUUUCUGUUUCAUGCAAGUCAUUGAGAGAUGCCAUUUAGGCGUCUCCCAGUAUCGUUAAACUACAUCAGGCAGUGUGAAUGUCACAGGGUCCCAG